CAAUUGGCGAAUUACCCUAUAUAUUUUUCUCGAAAGACGAACCACCGAAGGAAAAUCUGUCAAGCGGCCAAGAAAAAAAAAAACGCCUAGGAAAAGUAUCGGGAAAAUUGCGACUCUGAAAUUCGGUAGUGAUCCAAGAAGGAACUUCCGCUGGAUAGCUGUGCGCGAGAUUUUGUGAUUUUGGUAGAUUUUGAAGUGAAGUGAAAUACAGUGCAGCAGUAACAUCCCAGUAUUGUGGAAUGGGGUUCUCUCGGAUUGACGACAUUGAAAAGUGCAAACAUUACCUAAUUUGAGUCGAAAGGAAGAGCUGAAAAAGCGGGGGUGGCAGCAGUAAAAUAGAAUCGCAAAAAAAAUACAAACACCCACCCAACCCAGGCUUAAAGGCGAAGAAGUGAAUGUCACCCAACAAGGCGGACAAUCCACGGCUCGUGAUAGUGAUAGUAGGCGCAGCAGCAGCAGUAGCAUAGAGCCAGUGUCUACCCCGAAGGAGUGUUUCCACAGCAACGCAGAAAAGUAGGCAAAUAUUGUGUGUGAGACAGGAAUGUGAAGUGUAGUUAUGCUGUUCAAUAGCAGAAAAAUUAUUCAGUGAAACAAGAGAAAAAAAAAAUGUGCCAAAGUGGUAAAUCCAUAAAGCAGAAGGUGUUGUCGAAAGCGAAAGAUCGGCUAAUGGAUUAAUGUGCGCGUCGUGGUCGAAAAUUUGUGCUCCCUCUUCGUUCAUUGUGAGUUUGACUGCGGUCGCGGUUUGAGUGCAGAAAAUGCCGGUCGCACUGAACGGAUCGAUUCCGCUGCCCAGCAUUCGGGUCUACACCAGUGCCAGUGUCCUGUUGGUGUCCCUGUGCUUGUACUACGCGGUCAAUGUGACGAGUGAUCCCUUCUGGAGACAGCAGAGCAAUGCCACGGCCACGGCCGGAGUUGUGCCUCCUUCUACGGUGCUGUCUGGGUCGGUAGCUACGGAAGCUGCGGCGGCCGCUGCUCGGGAUGUGGCUGCCGGGGCCGCUGCUGGGGUGGUCGGGAAUGGGGUUGUAGGGAAUAAACUGGACUCCUUGUUGACUGUGAAGGAGAUCAAUGACUUCGAGGAGAAGAUCCUUGCGGCAACGGAUGCCGAUCUGAAGAAGAUGAUGGAGCAGGAAGCGGAACUGCUGGAACGAUCGGCGGCGAACGACUCCCGGACGAUCGGAGCGCAUCUGAAGGAUAUCGCUUCGUUCAUGGGAAGUGAGCCGAUUUGUAUUUGGACGCUGAUAAACAUGGCCUAUUGCUGUCUAAUCCUACUCGGCAAAUCGAUCCAGAAGGUGGUUUUCGGAGAGCUUCGAAUCUCCGAACAACAGCACAUGAAGGACAAAUUUUGGAACUUUAUCUUCUACAAGUUCAUUUUCGUGUUUGGCGUUGUAAACGUGCAGUAUCUACACGAGGUCAUCCUGUGGGUAUCAUGGUUUUCCGUCCUUGGCUUCCUCCACUUGCUGUCACAGCUGAGCAAAGACCGCUUCGAAUACCUCUCGUUUUCGCCAACGACACCGGGAUGGUCCCAUUUUCGGCUGAUCGCGCUCCUGUCGGCGAUCCUCACCCUGUCCGGCUUCAUGCUGAUCGUCUCGAUCGGGGUAGGCGUCUUCAUCAGCGGAGUCAACACGUUCGCCUUCAUGGCGGCUGAGUGUGUUCUGCUCUCGAUACGCACCCUGCACGUGCUGAUACGGUAUGCCAUGUUCCUGUACGAUAUGCGCCAAGGUGGAAUCACCCAUGAAUCAGCAAUUUCCUGGGACAAGCGCGGCCCGGUGGCGUACUACAUCGAGCUCAUCUUCGAGGUGGCCGCCCUGGUGGUAGACUUCGGUCACCAUCUGCACAUGCUCCUGUGGAGCAACAUCUUCCUCUCGAUGGCGAGCCUGGUGAUCAUCAUGCAGCUGCGCUAUCUGAUCAAUGAAAUCCAGCGGAAAAUCAAAAAGCACCGCAACUACCUGUGGGUGCUGAACCACAUGGAGAAGAGCUACCCGCUGGCAACGGCGGAGGAUCUCAAGCAGAACUGCGACAACUGUGCCAUUUGCUGGGAGAAGAUGGAAACGGCGCGGAAGCUGCCGUGUUCGCACCUGUUUCACAAUUCGUGUCUACAGUCCUGGCUGGAGCAGGACACAAGCUGUCCAACCUGCCGUCUGGGGCUUAGCGUGCACAACAACAACGUUAACAUUCUGCCGAACGAGAUCCGCAUCGACGAUACGGAACCGGCAGGCCGUACGGCUAACAAUCACUUCUUCCACUUCAACGGAUCUCGGUACGUGUCCUGGUUGCCGAACUUCUCCGUGGAGGUGACCCACAUCAACUCGGUACUCCGGAACGAACCAAGUCCUCGCGAAACAGCGGUCAACCACACCUCGCAAAUCCGGAACAUGGCACGACACGUGCAGGAGAUGUUUCCGCGCUUUCCGCUGUCAACUCUGAUAGCCGAUCUGCAGAUUUCCCGAUCGAUCGAAGUCACGAUCGACAACAUUCUGGAGGGACGCCUGCAGGUACCGGCGCGGUUCCAAGAAUUCGACGACCUCGACGAUGACAGCGCCACAACGGCCAAUACGACAACCAACGGUAACGACGGAAACAGCACCAGCGCUACCAUGAGCAAUAUCAACAGCUUCAACAGCAGCCAGCCGGAGACACCGGACUCCGCAAGUGGCCUGAGUGGUUUCCCUGCCAUAACCGCAAACGAUUACUACGUCAAUGCGGACGAAUUCAGCCCUAGCAACCAUUACGGUGGUGGUGGUGGCGGUGGUGGUGGUGCGGGUGGAUCUGAAUCGAACAUGUCGACACUUUCCUCGAUCGGAAGCAGCAGCGGUUACGAAGUGGAGCGGAGUACAAACAUUUUCGGUAACUUCGAUAACCUGCUGCGGGAUGAGAGCUUCGACGAUGUGCCACUGGGCGAUCGGUUUUCGAAGAGUUCCGAGGAGCGGGAACGGAUUCUGCAGCGAAGGAAGGAACAGUUGCUCGUCAUCGCGAGAAGAAAGUAUUUAGAAAAGAACAAAUCCGAACUGAACCAGUCACCUGCCGCCGCUGGCUACAGCCAAGGUGACGCCAUACGGCAUCGCAACAAGAGCUGUAUGGAAGAGCAGCAGCCAUCAACUCCACUGAAUUCGUCCAGCACUUUGCCAUCCUCCAGUUCGCUUUCUUCCAGCGCUACGGCAACCACCAGCACCAGCACGGUUGGCAGUAGACACAGCACUAGUUUUACCAGUGACGGAGAGUAGCGCGGCCAAAUCAAGUCUCAACUACCUAAUUGCGAGUCAGAAAAAGUGUAAACCAUUUUUUUUUCGAAACAAACAAACAAACAAGAAGGAAAAACAAUUGUGAUCAUUAUCAAGUAGUGAAGCUAAGCAAAAAAAUAAACAAAUAACACGAGCAAGUGAGAAAUAAUAACAAAGCAGUAUCAGCAAAUGCGAAACAACAGAACAAACAAGUGAACAAUGGCUAAAAUUAAAGUAGAAAAUAGCGAAGGUAACAAUUCUUAACAGUAACAGUGAAGUAAUUCAAGUAAAAAUAAAUCAAAAAGGGUAAUGACUUGAUGUGGGUGUUCGCCACGUGUCGAAGUCGAAGUCGAAAACAUGAUAGUAAUGUAGGAAGAUUAGUGACACAAAAAUGUACUGCAAGCGUUGUGAUGUUAUUUAUUUAUACUAUACUGUAAACACUGAGAUGUAAACUAGAGUAGGUCCGAACUCAAUCCGAUGCGGAAGGAAGAAGUGUAUUUUAAAUGUACUGAUGACGUCGGCCGCCUAAGGGGCACCGACAGUGCCACGCUGGUGUAGUUUCGUAGGUGAAUAAUGAACGAGAAAGAUAGGUGUAUUUCUGCUUAAAAGUGUAUGAAACUGCGCGCGGAGUCUUAGGAAAUAAAAUUGAAAUCUCAAUGAUUCAGUUGUUACACA